AUGGUUGGUGAAGGUGGAGGUUUCGCCUCUGCCCUCUUACAGCUUUGCCUUGGCUUUGCCCAUACCAUCACUAUCCACAACAGCGACAUGACCGACUUGCGGACAGCAGCGCAGCGGGUCUACGAGAUCCCCGAGCUGAAGGAAUGUAUUCUUGGGUGGUCAGAGAGACGGGAUGCGGCGGUGAUGAUGAGGGUGGAUAAGGCGGGGAUGGCGGACGUCGCGAGGAUGCUGUACCAUUCGAUGCGACAGGAUGAUGUCCAGCACAGAGUGGAAAGAAAUAAUGCCCGGCAAGAGAUGUAUUGCAACUCGAUCCUUUACAUCGACGCCCAACGAGACUGCUACGGUGACCCCGAGGACAACGCUCUGCAGCUCACGCCGGAGAUGGUUCCUGAACGGCUGCGAGACUUUGAGGGUACAGCAAAGGAGGAGGCUAACGCGCUGGAGGAUAUUUGUGCACAGCCACGACGCCGAAAUCCACAACUCCGUCCUCACUCCAUUGCGGGCCAAAUGUCCCAAUCUCCGUGCGGUAUACUUUGGGUAUCGCUCGGACCUCAGAAGCGAGACGAGCGACCAACGGAUCGUCCAUUUGUCGCAGACGGACCGUCCGGGCGAUCCGGCCUACUCGGCGUCCCGCUCCCACCCGCCCUCGUACGGCAAUGGCAUGAUGCCCUCCUUUCCGCCGCCUACUUCGCUCGCCUGCACGAGUCCAUCCGCUUCGAUCAGCUACCCAUAUCGCUGCGUCUCAUCGGAGACCUAUGCGAGCGUCAAAAAACGGUCAAGAGCCCCUUCCGGAUCUGCGAGAUCGAGGCGCCCAGGAUUGAUCCUUGGGAUCUUUCCGAACUCCGACCAUUCGCUGCCAUCAUGGGGUCGUCUCUGACAUUCCUUACUCUCGGUCACUCCGGCGUACCGAGAUGGGGGCCUUACUCGGACGAACGGGUCAAGGUAUCCUUUUCGGAUCUACCGGAACUGAUCUCCAUCAUACGGUCGAGUCUCAGGAGCCUGCGCUCCUUGGACAUUGCUAUGAAGGGGAUCGAGACGGCCGAGGCGGAUUGCAAGCACAUGCUGCAUGAUCGGUGUCUCGAGCCUGGCGAAACGCUCGAGAUGCUCUCCCUCCGCACCGCCGAUGAGAGUCACGGGAACGUCUACAAUAUCAUCCGGGUGCUCUCGCAGAUCUGCGAUGAAGAGGCCCACAUCCUGAUCGGACUGUCGAACGCAGGCGUCGGGGGCGCGGAUGACCUAGGAGACUGGGGACGUGUAGCGCAGAGAGGCCUUUUGUAUGAGUUGAGGAAGCAACCGUACGAGCCGCGCAAAUACCUCAGUACGGUGGACUUUGUCUCGCUGGGUUUGGAACGCCCCUCAGAGCUCAGGGCCUUCGUGAUAUACGACACAGAGGGCCGUCCGCGCCUGAUGGCUAAGGAAGAACAAGAAGUUGUCCGGGCGGCGAUCGCGGCGGCGGCGCGACCAGGGGAAUCCGGGGUAGCAGGUGCCGCCGGCGGAGGGGGCAGUUAUCGUUCCCCAAUGGCAGAUCUGCUAGGUUCGAUGCAGCACUUCUCUUUGGCCGCAGCACCAGGUCACUCCAGGACGGGCCGGACCCAUCACCGCUAUUCGUUCCUCACCUUGCCACAAGCGAAGCGCCGCCCCCUCUCCCCCAUCGAUCUCACGCAUUCAUCGCCCCCUCAACCCGUGAUGGCAAUUCCAUCGCCAGGCAGGCGGGUGUAUGGAAUCGCGGAGAUCAGGGAGGAGAUUAUAGCGUUGAUGGGGAAGAAGGAGCUGGCGGCGAUGAUGCGGGUGGAACGGAGUGGUAUGGCGGACGUCGCAAAGGUGCUGUACCGGACGAUGAGGCAGGAUGACGUGCAAUUCAGGAUUGAGCGCUCGAACGAUCGUCAACGCAUGUAUAUCGGCUACAUCCUCCAUAACGACGCUCGCAUACACGAGGAGGAGGAAGACCCCGCGCUCAAGCUCACGCCCGAAAUGGAGGUGGCGCGAUUGCUCCACGUACGCGCCCCGCACGACAGUGUGGAACUCUGGGCUCUUCUCCAAGACUACGACUGGCGUCUAUACGAUCUCAUCGUACCUCACCUACGCGCCAAAUGUCGGAACCUACGGACCAUACAGUUCGGCGACACCUAUCUCGGAGGCGAUCUCCCGGCCAGCUGGCUCGUGCGCCUUGCUCCUCGGAAGCCGGACGGGGACGAGGGGUCGGACACGGAUGAUACUGCACCUUGCAAACGUGCUGGAGACGAGGCGUUGGAGACGGACGGGGAGGAUGGCAAAGUGGCGGUGGUCACGGACGGCGGAAGCGGAGACGAGGCGUUGGUCAUGGACGGCGAGGAUGGAGACGAGGCGCGGGCCAUGGACGGCGAGGAUGGAGACGAGGCGCUGGUCACGGACGGCGAUGAUGGAGAAGAGGUGUCGGACACGGAGACACUCCUGGGGAUCGUUCGGGACACCUUGCCGAAUCUCCGGGACCUCUGCAUAGACAUGCGCGCCGGGAAAGAAGCGGAAUUGGUCACCGGACCGCUACUCGCCGGCGACACCCUCGACAAGCGGGGAUCGCUGGACCGGCUGGUCAUCUCCUUUCCGUCGCACCGCGAAUCCCUCUGGAAUACCAUCAGAUACGUUUCGCAAUUCUGCUCGAGGGAUACAGAUCUAAGCUGGGCGCCAGAGGAGCAGGUGUCGUAUCUGGAGUAUCUAAGAGAAGCUCCUGUCCAACGCCGGAUUCACCUCGCAACUGCGUCAUUUGCUCAACUCGGCCUAACGCAACCUCGCGAUGUUCGCUCGCUGCAAUACCAGGUGAACGGCCAGCCGGUACGCGGAAUCGAGGGAAAGGCGCGAACAUGGGCCGGGGCGAUAGAGGCGGAUGCGCGAAGGGCGACGCUGCAGGGGAUACCGCAGAUACAGCAGGCGGUAUCGGACUAUACGGGGGCUGCGCUCAAGUUGGCGGCUGCAAGGGCGAGUGUAAGCGAUGGGGAACUGCUUGAGGAGGCGCAGAAGUUACUGGACUCGGCGAGGAAGGUGCAGUCCGCUGUGAAACAGCUGGAGGCGGCCAAUGAGGGCAGGGUCAAGGAGAUUGAGCGGUAUGUCGAGGGGUUGAGGGCCGCGGUGGAGGGCACGGAAGGGUGA